UAUCACUUACUCACUCGACCCCAGCCUCUCUCACUUCAUCAGUUCUUCUUUUUUCUCGACCCAAACCCCGCCUCCCUCCCCAAAAUCAUCGAUCCCAGAUUCCAGCCCCUAAAAUCAUCAAAACCAUGGACAAAUCUCUUGCAGUACGACAUAUCCCAAAUCCCCAGCCUUAUUUCUCCACAAUUUUGACUGAUUAACCUUUGUUGUUUCAAAAUCCCCAAACCAUCGAAACCCUAAUUCUGGAAAAGUGUUGUUUCCUUCACCGAAAGUCAUGGGCACUGAAGAAACAAAAGACCCUUUCAAAGGGGUGGCUUGGAAAGCUGUUGGUAGUGAUAUGCAGAAGAACCCUGUGAUAAACCAGGUAUGCUGCCUGUACUGAAUGUGAAUUGACAUCUGCUCUCUUCAAACAUGUCAUUAUCACGGGUUUGUAGAAGAGCUGUUCCCCUGUUCAAGAGCGCACAACAUUUACCUCUAGAGUCUAGAUGCAUACCCAAUUAUAAUUUAAAUGGCGGUAGUACUGUAUACCAGAGGCAUUUUGGCCAUGAUAAUAGGUGGCGCCCCAAGUUAGGUUCAUUUAACAAAUGUGGUCAUCAUCAACCCUUUGCUGCUCAAUCUCUGUUGAGAAUCCAGCAACUCUAUUCUACUCAGGCUUCCACACAAGAGAAAUCACGCAAGAUGCUAGUGUACCUUACGGGUUUGGUUUUUGCAAUGGUUGCAGCCAGUUAUGCAGCAGUUCCUCUCUAUAGAAGAUUCUGCCAAGCUACUGGGUAUGGUGGCACUAUCCAACGCCGUGAGAGUGUUGAACAGAAGAUUGCCCGACAUGCUAAGGACGGCACGGUCACCACAAGAGAGAUUGUGGUGCAAUUCAAUGCUGAUGUGGCCGAUGGAAUGCAAUGGAAGUUCACUCCUACCCAAAGAGAGGUAAGGGUCAAACCUGGUGAAAGUGCACUUGCUUUUUAUACCGCUGAAAAUCGAAGUUCAACUCCAAUAGUUGGUGUCUCUACAUACAAUGUUACCCCAAUGAAGGCUGCAGUUUACUUCAAUAAAAUACAGUGCUUUUGCUUUGAGGAGCAGCGCCUUCUUCCUGGGGAGCAGAUUGAUAUGCCUGUGUUCUUUUAUAUCGACCCUGAGUUUGAAACAGAUCCAAGAAUGGAUGGUAUCAAUAACAUAAUUUUGUCCUAUACCUUUUUCAAGGUUUCAGAGGAAUAAAGUUUCUUAACUACCUUCAUACUAUUGUGAAGACGAUUCUCAUUAGAUUGUUGUUAGCAACUGAACACACAGCAUCAGGCAAGAAAGAGGGCAGUAGAUAUACAUAUACAUCAAUGUCUUCGUGGUAUAUUCUACUUCUUUUGUUACUUCUAUUUUUUUAUUUUUUGGCAGAUUAAUCAUUUCAAUUUUGCCAGUCCCUUAGA